CCGCAGUGGAGGCGGGGACAGAGGGUCUCGCAGAUGGCCCCGCUCCCAGGGGCAGAGCUUGUGCAGAGGCCGCUGCAGCUCUACCGAUACCUGAUGCGCUGUUGCCGGCAGCUGCCCGCCAAGGGCAUCCAGGAGCAUUACAGACAUGCUGUCAGGCAGAGUUUCCGGGUUCAUUCAGAUGAAGACAAUCCUGAGAGAAUCCAGCAGAUUAUUAAAAGAGCCAUUGAAGAUGCAGACUGGAUCAUGAACAAAUAUAAGAAACAAAACUGAGAUGCCGGGGCCUAGAGAACCAAGCUGUCCUGAAGACAUUGAGGUUGAGAGACCUCGCUUCUCCUGGAAGUCAGCAGCGGCAGCCGUUUUGGAAUAUCCAUCGGCCUUAUUGGCUGAGAGCAGGAAAUCAGGGGUAGGAGAAGCUGACGUCUGCUCAGCUGGCUCUUCUUUCCACGUGUAUGUCCCAGCAUCCUUUAUGUUUGCUUUUCUGGCCACUGCCACGGGAGAUUUGGGGAGAAUAUGUUUUGUCACUUUGCUCCGAAGGUGCUGCAUGUAUUCUGGGUGUUGUCCUUUGAGACCCAGAGUGGGCAUCCCCUCGGGCUGUCCAGGGAGGACAGGGCAUGGGUUUUCGAACCAGUCAGGUCUGGAUUU